AAUAAACAAGCCAAGAACUUUCCCGACAAUCCCUGGAGAUUUUCGAGUCAGACCCGACGGGUAUUGGUGGAACACAUCGGCCCGAGUCGCUGGCUUGGCCAUUUCGUCCGCGGACGAAUUCGCCCAUCCGCGGCAACCCGCAGCCAGCAUCACUUCGACCGCGCACAGGGACUCGGUAGGUGGGCUAUCCGUCCGAACGUCUCAAGCAUGGUACGCGGCUCCCCGAGGAUGACUGCAUCUACGUCUGCACCCGCGUCCUCGUCCUCGACGCCGACACGCAAGACCAUGCGGAAAGGGACGCAUAGCUGCACAGAAUGUCGCCGUCGAAAGAUUCGGUGCGACUCGAUUCCAGGGGCUUUAGUUUGUUUCAACUGCAAAUCUCGUCGCACACCAUGUGUAAGCCAGAGCGGUGAUGGCACGAGACUGGAUGUUCGUCAGCGUCCAGAAUCCGACUCUCCAAGAAACACCGGCAGUGAGGCCCCGACGUUGGCGGCAAGGCAUCAAGGCGCCCCGCAGGCGCCAGACGCUCUUGAAAACAGUGUUACAGAUCAGCGAGCACCCUUCCUCGCGGUUCUGGACCCGUCUGGACUCUCCAAAUCUCCCGAGACGGACGAUGUCAGUCCGUCGUCUCGGCCACGUCUGGCCGGGGACGGCAGUGGGUCUCACUCAUCAACAGGUGACCGUAGGUCAUCUCGUGUUUCGAGCACAUUGCCUGAGCCACUCUCACCCGGCCAGGGGGAAAGUAUAUGCGAGGCACUACGUGCAGGAUUACCGUCUUACGAUUCUAUCAUGAAAGUUGCAUUGGCGCACAAAGGCUGGUGGGUUCGAAUACACCGAGCCGUUCGUGGCAUGUAUGACGAAACGAUUGAGCCUUUCCCAGACUUUGUCAGGCGAGCCUACACGAGCGAUCGGCCUUCAGAACUGGGCAAGAUGGCGAUUGCUUUCGCUUUUGUUUCUGAUGUUGAUGGGUCCCAUAUCUACACCUUGGUUGACCGCUUCGUUGUCUCGGACAUGGUGCAUAUGUCUACUGCGGAAGGCUUGGAGUGCCUGAUUUUGCUGGCCGUUCUCUAUGCGGACGAGGGCCAACCCAGAAGAUCAUGGAUGAUCUAUCGCAGAGGAGUAUUGGUUGCCCAUUUAACGGACCUGUACCAAGCUGGCCUCCGAUCAACACCCAAGAGACGGCUUUGGCUAUCCAUCUACCAAGGAGACCGCAUAAUGAGCAUGUUCCUCGGGCUGCCGUACGGCUUUGUAGACAUGCACCAUCAGCAAAUCCUAGAGGUGAAGCCCGAAAAUGACUACUUGGAUUCGACCAUGACCAUCCGCUGUGCGAUGAUAGCCGGAAAAGUCAUUGACCGAAACCACUCGCGUACAAAGGCUUCCAUCUCCAAGACACUCGAACUAGACGAGGAGAUGAAUGAACUUGCAACGUCUUUCCCAGAAACCUGGUGGGAGCUUCCUGGCCGGGUCCAAGCCGAUGGCCACGAUUUCGACGAAGUCCAUGUCCGGCUACACCAGCAACUCUUCUUCUUCCACCUGCGGCUCUACAUUUACCUGCCGUUCCUCAGCGGUUCCAAAGAAAACUCUGUGCACGGUUCAAUCGUGCGCGUCGCCAGCAUGGAGGCUGCACGACAGCUGCUGAGGCGCUACUUGAGUCUGCAUAGUGACGCGGAGGGGCCGAGCCCAUCUGAGUGUAAGCUCGUGGACUUUAUGGCAUUUACCGGUGCCAUUGUCUUACUUCUAGGGUGCUCAAGGUCCUCCGGCCCAGGGAUGUUAAGUGAUGGGAAUGACAUCGAGGCAGUGCUAUCUUUGAUUCGGUGCUUGCAACGCCAGGAAAAACAAGAAAGCUGUCCCAUCGCGUCGCAAUGUCGCAAGACGCUUACGGUGCUGCUCUCGAGAUCGAGCACGGACGACGAAGUCCGUAUUCCGUUCUUUGGCACAGUCGUCAGAAAAGGCGACCAAACCAUCGAGCAGACCGCUCCAGCUAAUCGAAGCUUUAUAACAAACUCAAAUACAAGUGAGGGCUAUACUUUACCUGCUGGCCAACUAUCCUCGUCGACGACUGGUACUGGCUCUGCUCCCGCGAGUGAAGAUAUAGCGCUACCGAGUUCUGUGUAUUUGGAGGCACCGUGGGGGAUAGAGUACCCCGGACACAUGCCAGACCUGGACUUCUUGUCCUAUCUAGAGGACGUGUCGGCGGAUUUCGACCCGGGCUGGGAGUUCAUUAUGGACCUCGAUAGCUUCUGAAUUAGCUUGGAGUUUAACAGUAUUCUACAUUCUAUCUCAUUGGAAUCAUCACCUCUUAUAGUAACUAGUUACUUUGCUAUC